AUGGCUGCCGCACUUGGAGAGGAUGUUCUUGUCCGCGUCUCGGCGAAUGCUGCCGAAACCUUCACCGACGCAUACUAUGUCGCCCUGACCAGCGCUCGCGGCUCUCUGCCCGACUACUACGUACCCAAGACCGUCCUCCCGUCUGGAAAACUUCUGCCCCAGAUCUCCUACAAUGGAACCGUCGUCUCAGACCCCGAUGACUUCUCCAACACCUACACGACUCAAAUGCCCUAUACCUUCUUCGAGAUCCAGUCCGUCAACGCCCACGUCCUGAACCCAGCACUCGCCCCUCUGGACAAGGCAGCAAAGCCAAAGGAGCAAGAGCUGAACAUGAGCAUCCUUGUCCAGGUCAGCGGUUACGUACGGUUGAUCGAGCGCAAGGAGGGUCCAAUGCGCGCCUUCUCCGACACCCUGGUUCUGGUGCCCAACAAGGAAGAGGCCGGCGCAAAGGGCAAGGGAAAGACUGGUGAAGGCAAGAGCUGGCUCAUCCAGAACCAGAACUUCAGAUUUGUCGUUUGA